CGACCAUAUAAACCCCAUAUCCAACGUACUUUCGUUUCUCUUUCCGCUGUGGCUUGAACACUACCAUGCUCACUGUGAAGGCCUAUUCCACUGCUAGGCUCACUGCGGCCACUUUCCGGGUUGCUCUCGUUUGUUCGGCCAGGAAAUAUAGCAUCCCCACUGGUACGCCAAAGGGCAAGGUUUGGGACUCGGUUGACGACGCCGUCAAGGACGUAAAGUCAGGCGAUGUUCUGUUGUGCGGAGGGUUCGGUCUUGCUGGCAUUCCAGACACUCUUCUGGGCGCCUUGGCAAAGCGAAAAGAUGUCAAGGGCCUUACAGGGGUCUCAAAUAAUGCCGGGGCAGGCGAUUCUGGUCUAGGAAAACUUCUUAACACGGAGCAACUGGGUAAGAUCGUAGCAUCAUAUCCGGGAGGAAAUAAGAAAUUCGAGGCCCUUUAUCUCAAGGGCGCGAUAUCUCUUGAACUCGUACCACAGGGAACACUCGCGGAAAGGCUCCGUGCACAUGCAGCUGGAAUUCCUGCGUUCUUCACUCCCACAGGCGCAUCAACGGCAGUUGAGCAAGGUGCUAUAGCGGUCCGGUACAAACCCGGUGGCAUAUCGGCAGGCAUCGAGAUACCCGGUAUCAAAAAGGAGAGUCGAGAAAUUGGAGGCAGACGAUAUAUCCUCGAGCCAUCUAUCGCAGGCGAUGUCGCAUUUAUUAGGGCAUGGAAAGUCGACGAAAUCGGCAAUUGUGUAUUUAGAUUUGCUUCUCAGAACUUCAGUACGGUCAUGGCGAAAAACGCGAAACUUACAAUUGUCGAGGCGGAAAACAUCGUCCCUGUCGGAUCCAUCUCCCCCAAUGCGAUUCAUCUCCCCGGUGUUUAUGUCGACAGAAUCGUGAAGGCAACGUCCCCUAAGACGAUUGAAAUCGUCACACUCGCUACGUCUGGCACGGAUGAAUCCACUCUAUCUCCUGAAAAAGCGGCCGCCCAAGCCCAGAGACGUUACAUCGCCAGAAGAGCUGCGAAAGAAAUCAAGGACGGUUUCCACGUUAAUCUUGGUAUCGGUAUGCCCACGCUUGUUCCGGAAUAUUUGGAAAAGGGCGUCCGUGUCUGGCUGCAGAGUGAGAACGGUAUCCUUGGAAUGGGACCUUACCCCACGAAGGAGCAACUCGAUGCGGAUCUGAUUAAUGCCGGCAAGGAGACUGUUACACUCGUCCCAGGAGCUUCAGUAUUUGACUCCAGUGAAUCUUUCGCUAUGAUCCGCGGAGGCCACAUUGAUAUUGCCAUUCUCGGUGCCAUGGAAGUCUCGCAGGCUGGUGAUAUCGCCAACUUCAUGAUCCCCGGCAAGAUGGUCAAAGGCAUUGGAGGAGCAAUGGACCUCGUUUCCAACCCCGAUAAAACCAAGGUUCUUGUCACCAUGGAACACACAGCUAAAGAUGGAAGCCCCAAGAUUCUCAAAGAAUGCUCGCUGCCAUUGACCGGUGCCAGGACCGUCAGCCAGAUUAUUACAGAACUAGCUGUGUUCAACGUUGACCGUGCAAACGGUGGCCUCGAGCUCAUCGACCUUGCAAAGGGAGCAACGUUAGAGGAAGUGAAGGCCAAGACGGGAUGUGACUUCAAAGUAGCGAGUCAAAUAGGAACAUGGUGAUUAAUGAUGGUUCGCCACCUACGCAUAAAUGGCAUCUGUAAUUUACCUCAAUAAUACCAAUUUCAAUCUUGGACUCUUGAUG